AUGAGUGGAUCCGAGACCGCCGCCCCUGGCGCUAUCACCAGCAGCGCCGAUCGCAUGGUUGGCAUGGAGCAUGCUGAGGUUCGUUACUUUACCAGCUACGACCACCACGGGAUUCACGAGGAGAUGCUGAAGGAUGAUGUCCGCACUCGCUCCUACCGUGAUUCGAUCUACCAGAACCGCCACAUCUUCAAGGACAAGGUCGUCCUGGAUGUUGGCUGUGGUACUGGUAUUCUGAGCAUGUUCGCUGCUCGCGCUGGUGCCAAGCAUGUCAUCGGUGUGGAUAUGUCCUCUAUCAUCGAGAAGGCCAAGGAGAUUGUCGCUGUCAACGGCCUCUCCGACAAGAUCACUCUCCUCCAGGGUAAGAUGGAGGAGGUUGUUCUCCCAUUCCCCAAGGUUGAUAUCAUCAUCUCUGAGUGGAUGGGUUACUUCCUUCUCUACGAGUCCAUGCUCGACACUGUUUUGUACGCUCGUGACACCUACCUUGCCGAGGGUGGCAAGAUCUUCCCUGAUAAGGCCACCAUGUAUGUUGCUGCCAUUGAGGAUGGUGACUACAAGGACGACAAGAUUGGCUUCUGGGACAAUGUCUACGGCUUCGACUACAGCCCCAUGAAGGACAUCGCUCUGAAGGAGCCCCUCGUCGACACCGUUGAGAUGAAGGCCCUCGUUACCGAUCCCUGCCCCAUCAUCACCUUCGACCUGAACACCGUCACCGCCGCUGACCUUGCGUUCAGUGUGCCCUACAAGCUGACUGCUCAGCGUAGUGACUUCAUUCACGCUCUGAUCUCCUGGUUCGAUAUUGAGUUCAGUGCUUGCCACAAGCCUAUUCACUUCUCUACUGGCCCCCACGCCAAGUACACUCACUGGAAGCAGACUGUCUUCUACCUCCAGGAUGUUCUUACUAUUGAGGAGGGCGAGACUGUUACUGGUCAACUCGAGAACCGACCCAACGACAAGAACAAGCGUGACCUUGACAUCAACAUCGCGUACAACUUUGCUGUUGAGGACCCCAACCGUGUUGCUCAGGGCAGCUGCUUCUACCGCAUGUGCUAA